UGGAGAAGAAGAGCCGGUACAACGAGAUGGCCGAGCCCGCGCUGUCGGACGCGUGGUUCGAAGCCAAGCCGAUGGUGCUGCUCAUCGGCCAGUACUCGGUGGGCAAGACGUCCUUCAUCAACUACCUGCUCGGCCGCGGCUUCGCCGGCUCGCGCGUCGGGCCCGAGAUGACGACGGACCGCUUCGUCGCCGUCAUGUACGGAGACGCGGAGAAGACGACGCCGGGCAACGCGCUCACCUCGCAGCCCGACACGCCCUUCCACUCGCUCAAAAAGUACGGGACCAACUUUCUGAACCGGCUCGAGGCGGCGGCGCUGCCGUCGCCGAUCCUCAAGCGGGUGACCCUCGUCGACUCGCCCGGUGUGCUGUCGGGGGAGAAGCAGCGCGACCGCGGGUACGACUACAACGGCGUGGUGACCUGGUUCGCGCAGCACUCGGACCGGAUCCUCCUCCUCUUCGACGCGUACAAGCUCGACCUGUCCGACGAGUUCAAGGACGUGAUGAAGCUCAUCCAGGCGUACGACAAGAAGGUGCGCGUGGUGCUCAACAAGGCGGACGGCGUCUCGCCGCAGGACUUGAUGCGCGUCUACGGCGCGCUGAUGUGGAACGUGGGCGGAGUCAUCCCGUCCGCAGAGGUGCCGCGCGUCUACAUCGGCUCCUUCUGGGACCGGCCAUGGCAAAACACCGGGAUGCUCGACCUCAUGGAGGCGGAAGAGAACGACCUGAUCGAGGACCUGGUGACGAUGCCGCAGAACAACGUGAUGAACAAGAUCAACGAGAUCGCGCGCCGCGCGCGCGUGGUCGAGGCGCACACGCACCUGCUCGCCCACUUGCGCGCAAAGGUGGUGGCAAAGUGGUACGGCAAGCGCGAGGAGCAGGCGCGGCUCUGCACGCCCGAGGGGCUGCUGGCCGCCUACGAGCAGGUGCAGCGCGAGCACGACCUCUCGCGCGGCGACUUCCCGCUGCCAUCCCGCAUGGCGUCGGUGCUCCGCGCGUACGAUUUUACCGACUUUUACAAGCCGUCGGUCGAGCGGUCGAAGAAGCUCAAGGCGCUGCGUGAGCUCACCGAGUGCGACAUCCCCGAGCUGAUCACGCGGCUCCACUCGGUGCAGCAGCGGAGGCAGGCCUCCGUCGCCUCAAAGGCGUCCAUCGUGGAGGGCUUCCGCCCGCUGCGCAACGUGCGCCCGCCGCCCCCCGAACACCUCUUCGAGAAGAAGCUCGAGAGGCAGGCCGGCGUCGCGCAGCCCUCCGUGCAAACCGAGCCGGUGCAGGCCGAGGAGCCCUCGGUCGAGGGCAUCUCGCCGCCCCCGCAACAGCUGCCGCCAGGCGGGUGGGGCGCUCCCGGCAUGACGGCGCCGCCCUCGCCCGCGCAGCACGGGCUUGGGGCAGCGGCUGCGGGAGAGGCUCCGCGGGCGGGCUUCGGGCAGGCGCCGGGCUUCGCGAGCCCUGGCCUCGGCUCGAGCCCCGCCGGCCUCGCCAACUCUGGCCUCGCGAGCGGCCUGCUGGGCGCCUUCCGGUCGGCCAAGGACGCCCUCGCCUCGGCCAUCGCGGACGAGGAGCCGCCGGCCGGGCAGCACGGCUUCCCACCGCAGGCUGGGUUUGGGCAGGGCCUCGCCUACCCUCCGCAGCAGGCACACCCGGCGUGCACCAGUGGAGUGGCCACCCGCACCAAGGCAUGCAGCCUGGGCUUCGGCGGCGACGGUGCCGCGGAGCAGCGCCACGACGCGGCGCUCGCCGCGCACGCUCCCCCGCCCGACUUGGACGGGAGGUGGGCGCUGGACGUGGCCAGCGGCGUGGGAAUGCCGAGCGGAGCAGAGCCGUCCCACGCCGAGUCGCACGCGGCUCCGCGCGCGCCCCUCCCUGCAGCCGGAGCGUCGGAGCCCGAGCCGCAGGCGGCACCGGAGGAGGCGCACGCGGCUGCGGAGGGUGCGGCACCGCCGCCCGCACCGGCAAUGGCUCCAGUGGCAGUGCCGCACGCCUGCCAGCUGCCUGCCGGCGGCGGCGCCCACGUAACGUCGUUUCGCACGUAA